AUGUCAAGAACUGUAUCAUCCUGGAUCUUAAGCUCAGCAAGAAACAGCAUUGUUUCACAAGGGAAAGGACGUUUGUACUCCUUCUGUAUCCCAAAUAGAAGCAAGAUAGGAUGGAAGCUUGUCUUCUCGAAAACACGUCUCUACCCUGCUGGGAGCUGCGGCUUAGACAAUACUUUCUCCUCAAAGGCAUUCCGACACACUUCUACGGAAGAAGAACAUUUCUCUUUCCAGUUGUCUCCAUCACAAAUCAAUGAUAUACUCAGAGCAGGUGAAUUUUCCCAUAAAAUACUGGAUUUGAAUGGUAAAAAUGCAAAUUCAGUGUUGAAGUUCGAAAGUAACCAAUUGGCAUCCAACAGCCCUAUUGAAGACCGCAGAAGUGCAGUCACUUGCUUGCAGACCAGAGGGAUGAUGUUUGGAGUCUUCGAUGGUCAUGCAGGUUCUGCGUGUGCUCAGGCAGUAAGUGAGAGACUACUUCAUUAUAUAGCAGUGUCUCUCAUGUCUCGGCAAACCUUGGAAGAGAUCGAGCUUGCUGUGGAGUGCGUGAAACCAGUUCCGCCUAUUCUGCAGUGGCACAGGCAUACAAAUGAUAUAGAGUAUAGAGAAAUAACUUCACAAUAUUUUGAAAACCUCCGGGUUUACUGGCAACAUUUACUGGACCUAGACACAGAGCUGGGAUUUAGUUUAGAAGAAGCCAUGAUAUGUGCAUUCAAAAGGUUAGACUCGGACAUAUCACUGGAAGUUCAGGCUCCCCAGGAAAAUGAAUUGAUGAGAAAUAUUGCCCUUCAGGUGGCCUUUUCUGGUGCAACAGCCUGUGUAGCUCACAUUGAUGGCGUUCACUUACAUGUUGCAAAUACUGGUGAUUGCAGAGCAAUUUUAGGGGUUCAUGAAGAAGAUGGAACGUGGUCUGCUCUCCCUCUAACCCGAGACCACAAUGCCUAUGAUGAAUUUGAGAUUAGAAGACUGAAGAGAGAACAUCCUAGAUCUGAGGAGAAAACCCUAGUUGUGAAUGACAGGUUACUGGGGAUUCUCAUGCCCUCCAGAGCUUUUGGAGAUGUGCAAUUAAAAUGGAGUAAAGAAUUGCAACACAGUGUUCUUGAGAAUAGCUGUGAUGUUGAGGCUUUAAAUAUUUAUCAGUACGUUCCUCCAAACUACCAUACACCCCCUUAUUUAACUGCAGAGCCUGAAGUCACAUACCACAAAUUAAGAAGCAAGGAUAAGUUUCUAGUUAUUGCUUCGGAUGGACUAUGGGAGAUGCUAAGUAAUGAAAAGGUUGUAAAAUUUGUUGCUGGACACCUUACAGAGCUUAAUGUGCAGAAACCACAGCUGGCUUUUGAGAAACCAGUUAAUUUGGGUUACAUGCGCAGCUUGUUACUUCAGAGGAAAAACAGAGGUAUUACCUCACUUGACCAGAACGUAGCUACUCAUUUAAUAAGGCAUGCAAUUGGCAGUAAUGAGUAUGGGGAGGUGGACCAAGAGAAACUUGCUGCAAUGCUGACGCUGCCUGAAGACCUUGCGAGAAUGUACAGAGAUGAUAUCACAGUUACAGUGGUGUAUUUUAAUUCAGAAACAAUUGAAAAUUACUACAAAAACAAUGAAUAGAGACUUGCACUGCUGCUGUUCUAUACCGCUAGCCAGCUUUGAUACUGAAACCAUUACUGUUUCUCUGAUAUUCAAGCUGUUA